UUACAAAUUACGCCCCCUUCGCUGCACUCGCGUAUCUUCUCAAGGCUAAGCUACUGCCUGCAGAUACCUACUCGCUGUCAAAUGCAAAGAUUCUUAAACCACUGUAGGCGCUCGUUUAAAAUGCAGUAUAUGCCGGAAAUAAAGUGAGUCAGAUUAUCUUCAAAACGAGAGAUCGGCAAUGGACAGCCGACGUAGAGAGAGGCCGAGAAUACGGGGAGUAGAGGGAGGUGACAGCAUGAGAGCAGCCAGGAAGCCCCGGCAGAGAGAUCCAUCUAUCGAGGGGGGAGACGCGGUUGAAUCGAUGACGGAGCUGCCACAAUGGAUGCGGCUUUAUUUCUAUGGAAUGCACGGAGUCACUUUAGAUAUCCUUCUGUCGUCGGCACAGGGACUUUUGGCUGAUAGUGACCCUAAACUGUUUGGCUUUUCCUCCCCAUAUCUCUGCAUCAUGCACUCGCUGAGCCAUUUCGUGCUUGAGAAAAUAUAUUCUCAGAAGAAGCGCUUUCAAGGACGCACUGUAGUUUUUCACCUUGUAUUCUAUCCCUCAGUGUACGUCGGGUUGCAGAUCCUGAUUGGGAAUAUAAACACGCAAACUGGAAAUGUUAAAACUGUCUCGGCAUAUCACCUCGUAGUUCACUACCUACUGGCCCUUUACUUCAAUCAAGUGUUCCACAAGGGGCUGGCGCGCCUGCGUUACCACUGCCCCGGGAAACGGACCCUGGCAAGCACAGCAGUGCCCAUCCUGGGGCCGCACGGUCUGCCGGAUGUUGUGCGGUUCCUCUUUUUCGGAAUGCACGGCUUCCUGGACGAGAUUGUUUUCACCUCUGUAUUCAACCUUGUGGAAAAAUCAGACCGGACCAUGAGCGGCCACACGUCCCUGUGGUCCUUUCCGAUGUACGGGAGUUGCAGCUUCGUGGUGGAAAAACUCUACAUGCAUUUGCACUUCGAAAGGGGCUGGAACACCUGGAAGCGGCUUCCCAUCUAUGUCUGUUUCAUCUAUACCUGGGAGUUCUGUUGGGGGCUGGUGCUGCGGCAAUACGGAGCAUGCUCUUGGGACUAUUCUCACUACCCCUUCAACUUCAUGGGCCUGAUAACACUGCUAUACUUGCCCGGAACUGUUUAUUGAAGUCAGAGGAUUGUAGACAUGGACUUCACCUCAUCAGACUUUCUCUGUCCUGCACAAGCAAGCAACCUUCAGGAGUCUCACACUGGACUAACUGAAUGAAUGUAUGGUAGACUGGGGAACGACAACAUCAUAUGGAUAUGAUUUCCUUAUGGUUUUCCUUUUCAAAAUGAUGAUUUUUCUGCAUACGGGAGGUGCAGAAGAAGAGUAUAUGCUGGGGCCAACAGCUAAUGCCUUAGUAAUGAUAUGGAUCAGGAGUUUUUAAUUCUGCUGUCAUUCUUCAAAUUCUGGUCUCUAACAUUAUCUGAACCAUUACAAUGUUUUUUAGUCAUUAGAAAUUGAUCAACUGCACUUUUAAGAAUAAAAUAUCUAACAUAUGG